AUACCGCUCAAAAAUCUCCCUCAAGAAGACUCUCUGCAGUCUCUUCAACUUCUUCUAACGGUACCUUAUCUGUCCGAAAUCGUACUUAUCAAACAAAUUCUUCUAAUAAUGCUGUACCAAAUGACGAUUACUCUUCAUGGUCUCAACAAUCGCCGGUGAGAAGUACUUCUACAAAUUCACAAAGAGGGUCUUCACCGUCUAAGAAAACUAGCGGUAAUCCGGUAAAAAAAACAAGAGAUGGGAGAAUGGAUAUGGGAUUGUUAGAAACCGUUCAUCCUGAUCAAUCAACCCCAUCCUCAUCUAGUCAAUCAAUUCUAUCUCGUAAAAAAUCUAGUCGGAGGAAACUUAGCGAAGAACAAAAUAAAGAAACUUAUAAAGCUGUAACUGAUGUAUUAAAACAAUUUAUGGAUCUGGAACUG